UUCCCAAUUGAGUUGGACUAUCAGGAGAUGCGUCCAAAUCCGCCCAAACACUACCGGUUCGACCAUUUUAUGAGCUCAGGUGACGGUCAGACUGUGUUUGAGGUACCGAAGCCGUUGGCGAACAGACCGGGAAAGUUGGUAUAUUUGUUGUUGGGCUCUAUGGGGGCCACAACUGUCCACAAUAUGAAGAGAUUACCGUGGGAACCGGAGGGCAAAAUGUCGGACCCGUUGUGGGCACUGAUGCACAAGAAUUUGAUCGAUCAGACGGUCAAACAUAAGGCCGACGAACGGCUAGUGUUUGUCGGCGACUCAAUAACACAGGAAUGGGUUUUGUUGAACCUUUGGGACAAAUACUACGGCGCCGGCCGUCACGCCUAUAACUACGGCAUCGCCGGCGACACCACUUCUAACGUCAUAUUCCGGAUCCGGAACCAGGAGUUUGACGGACUCGAGGCUAUUGUCACUGUACUUAUGAUCGGCACUAAUAAUAUUUGGCAUAAUAACGAUACGGCUGUAGACAUAACACAUGGCAUCGUUGAGAUUAUAAAUGAGUUGUUGAUUAAAAUGCCGACCACCAAGAUACUUUUGUUGGGCAAUUUGCCAGCACCAUGGCCAGACCAGUGCAAACAACUCAACUCACUUUUGGCAAAGUUGGCCAAUAAUAAGAAUGUAUUUUUUCUGGACAUGUGGUCAGCAUUUGUGGACAAAACGGGUAAACAAAAGUCGGAAUUGUUUGCCUCGGAUGGCGUUCAUCCCAAUCCGUCCGGCUUUGAGGUCUGGUAUCAAACUAUGGAUCCAUUUCUUCGCAAACUCUAUCCAUUGAGUAAUAGACUUAUAGGCAAAGAUUUGCGUCCAAUUAUUGUUAUUCAAAGUAUUACUAAAUAUAUUAAUAUAAUGAAAACUCUAAUAACGCUAACAAUUGUGGCAAUAAUUGGGCAAACAUUGGCCGAAACUGUGAAGCCGUGGGAACCGGAAGGCAAGAUGUCUGACCAGGUGUGGGCACUGAUGCACAACACUCUCGUUGAUCAGACCCUUAAACAUAAGGCUGACGAGCGUAUAGUGUUUGUCGGCGACUCAAUAACCCAGGGGUGGGGACUGUUUGGCAAAAUUGUGUGGGAAUUACACUACGGCGCCGGCCGUCACACCUAUAACUACGGCAUCUCCGGUGACACCACUUCUAACGUCAUAUUCCGCAUCCGGGAUAAGGAGUUUGACGGACUUCAAGCCAAUGUCACUGUACUUAUGAUUGGUACUAAUAAUAUUUGGCACAAUAACGAUACGGCUGAAGACGUAAAGCACGGAAUUACUGAGAUUAUGACUGAGUUGUUGACCAAAAUGCCGGCCACCAAGAUCCUUUUGUUGGGUAACUUGCCAGCACCAUGGCCAGACCAGUGCAAAGAGCUUAAUUCAUUAUUGGCAAAGUUAGCCAAUAAUAAAAAUAUAUUUUUCCUGGACAUGUGGUCAGCCUUUGUGGACAAAACGGGUAAACAAAUACCAGAUCUCUUCCUUCCCGAUGGCGUUCAUCCCAAUGAGUCCGGUGGACAUUUGAUAUAG